AUGUUACUGUCAGCGUUCCGGUACCGGGUUUCGGGAACUCGAUACCUCAACACCAUCUCUAAAUUCACCACUACAAAACUAGCAUCUGGAGGUGGACCUUUCGCUCAACUGCCGGAAUUCACACCUUUGCAAGACAGCAUUAUGGUGUCGAUACCGUCAAACUGCUCACUGUAUACACGGGUGGAUCAGGUUUGUGCCUAUUCGUUCGAUGCCAAAUCCCAACUACAACAGCCUUUAAUGCUUAAAGAAAGCUCGCAAUCUUCCCAGCUUCGCGAGCUAUCGACCGGAGAUGAACCAGUUAAUGCCAUGUUGGUGUCUGACACACCAAUGUCAAACGUUUUGAUUCUUAACCUCGAUGAUUAUCAUGAAGGAUGGCAUCUAACUAACCCACACAGCAGCAUCUUAUGCUAUAGUGGAUACCUGGAUCUACAGCCGAACAAUCAUCUACUGGGGCGUGGUACCGUAGCCAUUUCAGGUGAGGGACCUGUGUACCAAUUGCAGCUCGGAGACAAAGAAACAGCAAUUGUCAACCCGGGUGCCAUACUGGGCUACAGCAACAAAGUUUCUGUCAACACAGUAGGAUUUUCAUCCGAAACCUGGAUUCCAGAGCGCUUGAGAAACUGGACUAGGCGGUAUGCUGGUCAAUACCUCGAGAAAUUGGAUCUGCUUCGGCACAAGCUACUAAAUCGAGGUAAGAUGUAUCACCAGGUUAAGGGCCCAGGAACUGUGCUUUUGCAAACUUCAUUCGCGCCAGGCUCCAAGGCAUAUCAUUACUCUGACCAAGAACUCUUACAGGCAUUCAAGUGA